AUGGAGGAGCCAGUGAGCCCGAGCAAGCGGCGAUCGUCGGGAUCUCACUCGGUCGACACGACCUCGACCGCGCUCAGCAACGAACCAUUACCGCUCAAGAUGGGGCCCGGAGCCACUGCAACACUCGGGGAGACGACAACCAGUCCCCCGGAUCCAUCGUCGCUCAGUGAUCCCAUGUCGUCUCGAUACACGCUGGCCUCGACGGCACCGUUGGACCCGACCUUGGCCGUCUCGCCCGGCUCGUUUCCCCUGGCGUCGCCGCCGUCGUCGGUCGCCUCCUCCUCACCCGUGGCCCUCACGUCGGCUGCCGUCGCCUACCACGACUCGUUUUCUUCUCCGCCUUCCUCCUCCUCUCGCGUAGUCCGUACGAAUGCGCACACCACGGCCGCGGGGGGAGGAGGGCGCAAGGCGAGCGUGAGCCUAAACCUGUUCAAGGAGACGACGUCGAUCCCCGACAAGGAGCUCGAGGCGCUGCGGCGGCCGUCAAAGUCGCGUCUACCUUCUAGCACACGGUCGGAGACGAGUUCCAUCAUGGUUCUGAACGCCAAGAGCCCCUCGCUGUCGAUCAAGGGCAAGGAGCGAGCGACCGCGAUUAAGCAGACGAAUGCGACGCCGUCGACCCACACAUCACCUGAACCGAACCACUUCUUUGCUCCCGGUUCCCCCUUUUCUUCGCAACGCGCCUCCAUCUCUCGCUCCGUCUCGGCCUCGCAGGCCCAGGGUCGCUCGUCGCAAAGCCGUCGCUCGUCGCCGAACAUCCUCCCUUCUCCGAGCAAGGGCGAUCGAUCGGGUCACCCGUCGCCUGCGCUGUACAUUGGGCCGAGUGGAUUGACGACGAGUCGACCCGCGAGUCCACGGCUGACAAGCCCGUGGAUAACCGUAGGGACGACCGGUGGUGGUGGAGUGUUGGGUUCCCCCGUGCCCGAAUUCUCCUUACCGAAUGCAGCGAUGCCACCCCAUUCGGUCCACGACAUUCUCGGCCCCCCUGUAGUGCCCAUUCCUUCGAGAGGUUCUUCGACCACCUCGGAACCUGCACCUUCUCAUGCAGGAUCCUCCCCCUCCGUCUUGAACGAGCCACCACCACCACCACCUUCGAUUCCGAGUUCGACGUCGAGUUCGGUCUUCAAACUCAUCUACUCGCCCAAGCCGUUGGGGCACGAGUCUUCCGCAAACGGGACCUCGACGGCGACGCAGAGCCUAGUCGAGGGUGUACGACGGCUCGUGCUAGACCAAGGGGCGACGAGUCCGACGCGCGCAGUGCCGACUGGGCCGCCGGAGAAGGCCGUGGCCUCGACUUUAGCCCCGCCCUCGACGUCGGCUUCGACUUCGGCUCCGGUCAAUAUCGCGCCUUCGAUAGCCUCGAGUGAGAGUGUCAGUACGUACGAUGACGCGACGACGACCGAGGACGAAGACGAAUGGAGCGACGACGAGGACGAAGAUGACGAAGAUGACGACGACGAGGACGAAGAUGAUCGAGAUGACAUCGACGACGGAGCUCAGGACGGGGACGAAGAGGACGGCAAUCUCGAAGAAGAAGGAGCGCCCCUUACCCGCGGCGAAACGCUCGAAUCGCGGGACGAAGAGUUCGAGCUCGACGUCGGUCCGCUCAAGGACAAGAUCGCGCAGAACGGCGGUGGGACGGUCGAGAUGCGCUGUGCUGCCGACGGCGACGAGUGGGGGUCGAGGCUGCUGGGCAGGGACGGCACGAUCGCGGCGACGGUUCCGCUCGAACCUUACAAUCACCAGGUCGGAGGCCACAACCACAUCUUCCGCUUUUCCAAAAAGGCGAUCUGCAAGGUACGGUCGCGGACAUCUGAUAGCGUUACGCAUUUGGCCAUAAGCUAACCGGGAUUUAUGCCUCUUUCCCUUUGCAGCCGCUGGCGUCGCGAGAGAACGAGUUUUACGAAGCCGUCGAGCGCUCCUGCCCCAAGCUGCUCGCUUUCGUCCCGCAAUAUCUCGGAGUCCUAAACGUCACGUAUCGGAGACCGGCACUAAGCUCGCGCGAGUCGUCGCGGGCCCGAACCUCGACACCGCAACUGCCCGAACGACGCAUAUUUCGGGAAAAGAGCGCGGCGACGGUGCGCAGCGUUGAGGAAGGAGGAGGCGGAGGUGGACUCGGUGCGGAUGAGGCGGCGAUGGAAGAGGUGCCCGAAGUCGUCCUUGAUCGCAACCGCCACAUCAUACCCGAUACGCUCGUCUGGGACGUCACCAAAGGCCUGCGCCGGAGUGGCCGCAUGCACCGCAACGCGCGACGCAAGUCCGGCAACAACACCGACCCCGAGCUCCUGGGCGGGGACGCGAGCACGGGCACGACGACAACCACCGGCGGCGGUGGGGGUGGGUCGAACCUGCUCUCUAGCCCUGAUAUCGCACCUUCGUCCUUUUCCAUCAGCGGCAGCGUUGGCGAAGACACGCCGCUCUCGUCGUUGUCCGCGGUUCCGUCGUUCCCCCUAUUGAGUGCGACGCCACCGACGCCGCAUUCGACGCCCGUCGACGCCAACUAUGUCGAGUCGGCGCUCGUGCGACGGCAGCACCAGCGCCUCGGGCAAUCGCCCGUCGCCGACGAUACGGCGCUGCGGAGAUCGUUCGCUCGGCGCCUCUCCCCGAGUCGAUCAUUGUCGUCGGGUGCCGUCUUGGGCUCGGCCUCGCCGGCCGUCUCCCGCGUCGGGCGCCACACGACAGGCACGGGCUCAACGACGGUCAACACACGCUUAUGCGAACAGGUCCUGCGCGAGGUCUUUAGCUCGCCCAAGCUGCGCGAAGGGCGUCGCGGGUGGAAGGAAGGCAAGCGGCACGGCCUGUCGGGGACCAACAGCGCGUCGAACCUCGGCACCGGUGGCGAAGCGACCCCUGUCAGUGCGCGUGCGGCCUCGCUGCAGCGACCCGAACGACCCGAGCUGCGCGAGACGCAGUCGACGGGCGCCCUGCUGCGCACGCGACAAUCGAGCGUCGAGAACGGUGUCGUCGAAGAGCGGCAGAGCCGCUCGCGGCACCUUUCGUUCGGUGCCGGCGGCUCGCAGCGCGAACGAGGCUGCAGUGUCGGCUCGCAGGAGGGCAUGUUCGCCAUGGACGAUGUCAGCGAGCCUGGAGGGACCACGACGAACGCCGCUUCGUCCCCCUCGCUCCCUGCGACGACCUCCUCCCUUUGCCCCGUCGACGAAACUGCUCCACUGCCGGCGAGCGACCACCCCUUGAAACGCCAGGCCAACCCCGUCGUUGCAGAGAACCCACCAUCCGAGCCCACAAUCGGAUCACCCCCUUCCUCGUCCUCGAUUCCGGCCGUCGUUGAGCCUUCUGUACCGCCGCCGCAGUCAACCGAGACACCGACGGCACCCUUGCGCCAGGAGCAGUUCAUCCUGAUGGAGGACCUGACGGGCUCGCUCAAGUCGCCGUGCGUGCUCGACCUCAAGAUGGGGACGCGCCAGUACGGCAUCGCCGCGACCCCGGCCAAGAAGGCGAGUCAGACCAAGAAAUGCUCCAAAACGACAAGCCACGACCUCGGCGUGCGUAUUUGCGGGAUGCAGGUAAGUGACCUCGUCGGUGCUGGUGUUGCUUGGGUGAUCGCAAGGCCUCUGAUGCGACGGAACGUUCGUGCCCUUUCACUGGCAGGUCUUCAAGUCGGCCGAGGGCAGCUACGUCUUCCAGGACAAGUACUUUGGCCGCAACGUCACAACGCGGGAUUUUCCCUCCGUCCUGGCGCACUUUCUCUCGAACGGCGUCGAGGUGCUCGCGUACCAGAUCCCCAUCAUCCUCCGACAACUGUACCGCCUCGCGUCGAUCAUCAAAGGGUUGAACCGUUAUCGCUUCUACGCCGCCAGUCUGCUCUUCAUCUACGACGGCGACGCCGAGGCGCAAGCAAAUCUGAAAGCGCAGAUGUCUUCGGGGGGUCAGGUGUCGUCGACGGGCGAAUCGAGUUGCGUCACGACGUCGACGGGCGAAUCGAGUUGCGUCACGACGUCGACGACGACGACAUCGACGUCGACGGGCCUCUCUGAUUCCCCCUCGGGCCCCGUCUUGGACCGACAUCGUCACGCCUCGGCCUCGUCGCACGCCCACCGUCACCAUGGCAAGAAGCAUCGCGUGCCCCCCGGGGGGGUGACGAUCCGCCUUAUCGACUUUGCCCACUGCACGACUGGCGACGACUUUAUCGCCGUCGAUGAACUCGCCGCCUCGAUGUCAAAGUGUUCCGACGAGGGCAAUGGUUCGUCGCCAUCGGUACCAGCUCCGGGAACGAUUCUUCCCGACGGUCGUGUCGUCGCGAGCUUCCCACCUACGCAUCCGAACCAAGCCGACCUCGGUUUCCUCCUCGGGCUCAAAAGUCUCGCCUCGUCAUUGACGAUGAUCUGGAACCAAGAACGGGCCCAGGGCAACGCACCGGAAGAGCCGCUCCACGUCGAAGGGGAAGGCAUCUGGGCCGAGAUCUGGGGUCCCGAAGUCGGGAUGGAGAUGGGUCUCGGGAAAGGCGUGACGCCCGAAACGGUGUAUGAUCUUGCGACUGCAUAG